AAAGGGGAACCUUCAGCUAGGGGCGUGGCCUUCAGAGCCUGGUGCUACAGCUGGAUGCUAGGUUAGUCAGCUGGUUCACUCUACAGGGCUGAGGGGUUGGAAGAUAAGGGGAUACUGCUGCUACUGGGGUUAAGGACGGGUUUAAGUGAAGGACACAGAGAUUCAAAAAAAAAAAAAAGGUUCAGCGCGGUCAGCACGAUGACUGAUGGGGACUAUGAUUACCUGAUCAAGCUCCUGGCUCUGGGGGACUCUGGAGUAGGGAAGACAACUUUUCUAUACAGGUACACAGACAACAAGUUCAACCCCAAGUUCAUCACCACGGUGGGAAUAGACUUCAGGGAAAAGAGAGUGGUGUACACAGCGUCGAGCCCCAAUGGAACCACAGGGAAGACUUUUAAAGUUCACCUCCAGCUCUGGGAUACGGCUGGACAGGAGAGGUUCCGGAGUCUAACCACAGCCUUCUUCAGAGAUGCCAUGGGCUUCCUGCUCAUGUUUGACCUCACCAGCCAACAGAGCUUUCUCAACGUCCGCAACUGGAUGAGCCAGCUGCAGGCCAAUGCGUACUGUGAGAACCCAGACAUUGUGUUGGUGGGCAACAAGGCAGACCUGGCGGACCAGAGAGAGGUGCAGGAGAAGCACGCUAAGGAACUAGCCGACAAGUACGGGAUCCCGUACUUUGAGACGUCGGCAGCGACGGGGUCUGAGGUGGACAAGGCGGUCAUCACUCUGCUAGACCUGGUCAUGAAGAGGAUGGAGCAGUGUGUCGACAAGCCCACCGCCGAUCCUGCCAACGGGGGAGGAGCCACCAAGCUGGAGGACGCUGCGCCUGACCAGAAGAAGUGUGCAUGUUAGACUUGGCCUCUUCCACGUCCCCUUCUCCCUACUCUGGUUGGUCCUCUAGUGCGCCCUCUGGUGGCCAGACGCAGAAGGGCAGCAGCGUGGCCACAGCAUGAUGUGUGAGGGGGCAGCUCAGUCAGCCACACUGCAAUGGGGCUGUGGUUCUGGCCUUGCAUGGCCUGUGUGUACUGUGCUGGGCCUGGCUAUGUGUCUCUCCUGCCUGUCCUGUGUUGUGUUGUAUUGUGUCCCAAGUGUCACCCUGUUCCCUUACAUAGGGCAUUACAUUUGACCAGAGCCUAUAAGGUGUGCACUAUGUACAUUGCCUUGGACAUAAUGGACAAGACAGCGGGACGAGCUGAGUUCAUUAUCUCCUAGGUAAUGUACAGAACGGAGGCGUUUAUCCCGCUUAUACCACAGUUGCCAAAGAAAACAAUACUAAAGCACACAUUUUCUGGUGGAAAUGUUUUCCUAGAUAUGUUUUGAAUUGAUUAAAAGUUAAAUGAAUACUUUUUCCAUCCUCCCAGGAAACCUGAUUUGUUAGUCCGUUGCCAGAGAUGCGACUCCGUUGCUCAUUCUUUCUGUUCUAUGGACGUUUUUAUUCGGUUGCCAUGCUGACUUGCUUGCUAGCUAGUGAACUAUUCUUAACAUAAUCACGUCAACCUCUGCAGCCAGAAUAACGGCAAAGUAGCUACGUUUGCGUGAGCUGUUUUCUAGAGACAAUUCAUGUGGAUACAUCCAUAACAAUGAGCUGAUGAUGAUGAUGAUGAUGAGCGAUUUUGGCAUUGAAUAGUUUGCGUUCGCGUCAGGACACUGUUAAUUAUGAGGAGAGCGCAUUGCGUAUAUAAAUUUUGAGUCAUGUGGCAGACACUCUUGCUCAAGGGCACAUUGUUCACCUAGUCCGCUCGGGGAUUCGAACCAGCGACCUUUCGGUUAACUUUUAGGCUAGCUGCCGCCAUUAUCGAACACAUGAAACACUAGGCUUGAACGUAGCUAAACAGUUUGUUGCUAGCAAACAUGCCAAUAUGACCAGUCGAAUUUAACAAUAUCAGUUGCUGAAAACAGCCUUUAAAAAUAGAAAAGUGGGCGGGUUUGACAGCAUAGCUCCACUUGUAUGUUCAUCCCAUCACUCACCACGUUAGGUUCAUCAGAGGUCUCUACGAAAGAAAAAAAUAAAUGAAUGCUAGCUAGCUAGCUAGUUAGCUAUGUUUUUCCUUGUUGGACCUGCGUUUACAAUGUAUCCAAUAUCGGUUUGUUGGUUUAUCAUUCUGCAACUACAGUCUGCUUGUGUAGUGCUUUAUAAUGCAUCCUGAUCAGGUAUCCCAUAUAUAUCUGUCCCAGAGUCAUCCAACUGUCUUCUAUAUUUGGUUUUAAUGGCCAUUCUAGAAUGCCCUUCUAGCCAAUCAGAAACGAGUAUUCAACAAUGCUGUGGUAUAAAUAGGGAAUAGGUUGCCAUUUGGGACGAAAGCCUGGCCUACCGGAGGCCUAUGUUUUAUAAGACUUUAUAUCCUCAUGUUGUUUAGAAGUAUUUGUCCAAUCUAAUCUACUGCCUUGGCUUCUAAGGCCCCAUCCAUACAGUACCAAUAUUAAAAUCGAAUCUACUGCCUUGGCUUCUAAGGCCCAUCCGUACAGUACCAAUAUUAACAUCGAAUCUACUGCCUUGGCUUCUAAGGCCCAUCCAUACAGUACCAAUAUUAACAUCUAAUCUACUGCCUUGGCUUCUAAGGCCCAUCCGUACAGUACCAAUAUUAACAUCUAAUCUACUGCCUUGGCUUCUAAGGCCCAUCCGUACAGUACCAAUAUUAACAUCUAAUCUAAUGCCUUGGCUUCUAAGGCCCAUCCAUACAGUACCAAUAUUAACAUCUAAUCUAAUGCCUUGGCUUCUAAGGCCCAUCCGUACAGUACCAAUAUUAACAUCUAAUCUAAUGCCUUGGCUUCUAAGGCCCAUCCAUACAGUACCAAUAUUAACAUCUAAGCUAAUGCCUUGGCUUCUAAGGCCCAUCCAUACAGUACCAAUAUUAACAUCUAAUCUACUGCCUUGGCUUCUAAGGCCCAUCCAUACAGUACCAAUAUUAACAUCUAAUCUAAUGCCUUGGCUUCUAAGGCCCAUCCAUACAGUACCAAUAUUAACAUCUAAUCUACUGCCUUGGCUUCUAAGGCCCAUCCAUACAGUACCAAUAUUAACAUCUAAUCUACUGCCUUGGCUUCUAAGGCCCAUCCGUACAGUACCAAUAUUAACAUCUAAUCUAAUGCCUUGGCUUCUAAGGCCCAUCCGUACAGUACCAAUAUUAACAUCUAAUCUAAUGCCUUGGCUUCUAAGGCCCAUCCAUACAGUACCAAUAUUAACAUCUAAUCUACUGCCUUGGCUUCUAAGGCCCAUCCGUACAGUACCAAUAUUAACAUCUAAUCUAAUGCCUUGGCUUCUAAGGCCCAUCCAUACAGUACCAAUAUUAACAUCUAAUCUACUGCCUUGGCUUCUAAGGCCCCAUCCAUACAGUACCAAUAUUAACAUCUAAUCUACUGCCUUGGCUUCUAAGGCCCAUCCGUACAGUACCAAUAUUAACAUCUAAUCUACUGCCUUGGCUUCUAAGGCCCAUCCAUACAGUACCAAUAUUAACAUCUAAUCUAAUGCCUUGGCUUCUAAGGCCCAUCCAUACAGUACCAAUAUUAACAUCUAAUCUACUGCCUUGGCUUCUAAGGCCCAUCCAUACAGUACCAAUAUUAACAUCUAAUCUACUGCCUUGGCUUCUAAGGCCCAUCCAUACAGUACCAAUAUUAACAUCUAAUCUACUGCCUUGGCUUCUAAGGCCCAUCCAUACAGUACCAAUAUUAACAUCUAAUCUACUGCCUUGGCUUCUAAGGCCCAUCCAUACAGUACCAAUAUUAACAUCUAAUCUAAUGCCUUGGCUUCUAAGGCCCAUCCAUACAGUACCAAUAUUAACAUCUAAUCUACUGCCUUGGCUUCUAAGGCCCAUCCGUACAGUACCAAUAUUAACAUCUAAUCUACUGCCUUGGCUUCUAAGGCCCAUCCAUACAGUACCAAUAUUAACAUCAUAAAGCAUUUGACCAGUUAUUUAUAUAUGAUUUUUAAAUGUAAUCUUCUUAUUCUAGAGUUGUAUGUUUAUUAACUUUUUUUGUUUUAGAUCAGAUUGUUGUUGUUAUUAUUACAGUAAAUCUAAUCCGUUAGAUCACGGUUCAACACACUCAUUAAAUUUACAGUAAAUGUGAUCCCCCUCCCCCUUUUAACAGUACUUUUUGACAACUGCAGUGUGUAGCUAAAUGUGCAUAAAAGACAGUAAGGUAUGAUCAACUUUAUGAUAUUGUAAUAUCACUCAGUCAAGACUGAUAUAAUAUUACUGUCAGGAAAAUACAUCGCCAAGCUGUAAACAUCUCAUUGAUGAUAACUGCUGUUAGUCUGUCUGUCUGUCUGUCUGUCUGUCUGUCGGUCUGUCUGUCUGUCGGUCUGUCCACAUAUUUUGCCUAUAUUAUUGUGGGUGUAGCGAAAUGCUUGUGUUCCUAGCUCCAACAGUGCAGUAAUAUCUAACCAGGUCAGGGGUGUCUGUCUGUCUGUGGCCUUUUGACAUUCCUAGCUACUAAUCUCGUGUGACAGACUUUUAACAUCAAAUCUAGCUACAGUAGUUGGCUAGUGCACGCAAGAUGUAGUUCUGUGUUCCAUGAGGAUGUUGCUAUGGAAUGUAGUUCUGUGUUCCGUGAGGAUGUUGCUAUGGAAUGUAGUUCUGUGUUCCGUGAGGAUGUUGCUAUGGAAUGUAGUUCUGUGUUCCGUGAGGAUGUUGCUAUGGAAUGUAGCAUGGCCACAUCUACCAGCUUUCACAGGACUUACUCCACUUCACACGGCCUGGCGAGUGACAACACAAGUGUUCAACAACCACCCCCCCCCACCACCACCACCAUUUCUUACACCUGAAUGCAACAUCCUGAACUUUUCUAUAACACAAUAAUAACAUGAUGGUACAUAGGGACCAAGACAGACAGGCAGUCAGUGUUAACAACUAGUAUUGUGUUUAAGACAAAACAAAAGUCCAUAGUAUCUGUUCUGUAUAUAACUGAUGUGGAAUUAGUGUUUAAUAAACCUGAUUGUAGGACAUGUUUGCCUUUUAAAAAAAAGA